AAUUAUAUAUAAUAUAUGUAAGGACAUUUUUAGGAGUGUGUUAAACUUUUGUACCAAAAUUGUUAUGGUUUCAUAUAUUAAAAGUGCAGUUAAUCAACGUCAUGGGAGCAACGAAAGUUAAGCCCUUUUCUGAAGUGGAGUGCAAGGCCAUGAAGAGGUUCAUAAAGAGUUACAAGAAGUACCAUGCCGAUCUAGACGAAGACGAGGUGAAAAGGUCAGGAGAAAAUGCCUGGGGAAAGCUUAUGCCCCAUCAAAAGAAGUAUUUUGAAUUAAAGCCUAGAGAAAUCCCCGCAAAAAAAAUAUUGCCUGCCGCCAGAAAAAAAACUAAUAACAAGCAGAAGAAAGCAGUGUCCGGUUGGCGUUACCAUGCCAGGAAAAGAGCCAUGUCCAAGGCCAAGCCAAAUCUUUCGAAUCAUGUCAUGAGUGCCGCCUUCAUAGGAUUUUUGCGUGAGUACCAUAGAAGAAACGCCAACCUAGACGUUAAGAAAAGGCUGCAAAGAGCAGCCAGAAUGUGGUCAAAACUCUCGAAAACUCAGAAAAAUAUGUUUCGGAAGGUGGGAGCGAGGAGAAAAAGGAAGUAGCAGAAGUUCACGGGUGAUUAUUGGCACUGGUAAAUGUGUUUUUUUGAAAAUAAAAUAAGAUACUUAUUGAAAAAUUAACAAUAUAUGACCUUAUCAGUACUUUUUACCAACUUA